AGCCCUUGAUGGGCGGGGGGAGAGGUAGAGGGAGGAAGCGGGCCCCAGCGUUGCUUCGGCAACGCGACGCACAGGCGGGAGAAGGACGCGGUGGCCAUUUUCAGGCAGGUUGGGGGGGACCCCAGAAGUCCGGGAGGCGAUGCAAUGUCCAAACCGAAGAAUCAAUGUUCGAAGACUCAUGGUGCGCCAAAAGUGAAAGAGCGGGACCAGAAAGUAUGUAUCCGAUUCAAGUGCACAGUCCUGAAUACUCUUAUGGAUGUCCUCCGCCACAGGCCUGGCUGGGUAGAAGUGAAAGAUGAGGGGGAAUGGGAUUUCUACUGGUGUGAUGUCAGCUGGCUUCGGGAAAACUUCGACCACACCUAUAUGGACGAACAUGUACGAAUCAGCCACUUCCGAAAUCAUUAUGAGCUAACAAGGAAGAACUACAUGGUGAAGAACCUGAAACGCUUUCGAAAGCAGCUGGAAAGAGAGGUGGGCAAACUAGAAGCGGCUAAAUGUGACUUCUUCCCCAAGACCUUUGAACUGCCUUCCGAUUAUCAUCUCUUUGUGGAGGAGUUUCGAAAAACUCCCGGCAUCACUUGGAUCAUGAAACCGGUGGCCAGGUCCCAAGGCAAAGGCAUUUUCCUUUUCCGGAAGCUUAAAGACAUCAUGGACUGGAGAAAGGAUGUGGGCCGCUCCGAUGACCAGAAAGAUGACAUCCCAGUGGAGAACUAUGUAGCUCAACGGUACAUCGAGAAUCCUUAUUUGAUAGGAGGGCGAAAAUUCGACCUUCGAGUGUAUGUCCUGGUGAUGUCUUACAUCCCCCUUCGAGCCUGGUUAUAUCGAGAUGGCUUUGUUCGAUUCUCCAACACCCGAUUCACCCUGAGCAGUAUUGAUGACCACUAUGUUCACCUCACCAAUGUUGCUGUACAGAAGACAUCCCCGGAUUAUGACCCAGAGAAGGGCUGUAAAUGGAUGAUCCAGCGAUUUCGCCAGUACCUGACCUCUAAGCAUGGCCCCGAGAUGGUGGAGACACUCUUCCGGGACAUGGACAACAUUUUCAUCAAAAGCCUGCAAAGCGUGCAGAAAGUCAUCAUCAGUGAUAAGCACUGCUUUGAGCUAUAUGGCUAUGACAUUCUUAUCGACCAGGACCUGAAGCCGUGGCUUCUUGAAGUCAAUGCUUCCCCAUCCCUUGCUGCCAGUAGCCAGGAGGACUAUCAGCUCAAAACUUGCCUCCUAGAAGAUACACUGCACAUUGUAGAUAUGGAGGCCAGCACACACAGAGCAGCCCAUGGGAGUGUGGAGGGCAAGGCUUGCUUACUCAGACUCUACAGGAGGAAACAGGCCUAUGGGUCCAGGCUGGCAUGGCUCACAGGAAAGGAAAAGCGAGUUGGCGGCUUUGACCUCAUGUGGAAUGAUGGACCGGUCAGCAGAGAGGAAGAGGGCAUUGACACGGCAGGGACUGGGAACUUUGUGGCCAACACCCACCUGGGCUGCAACAACGAUCGAAAGAAACAGCUGAGGCAGCUCUUCUGUUCAUUUCACAGCCAGAAGAAGGUUACCAGUUAAUCAUGGGCCAGGGGGAAAUUGAGCCUAAGCAGGUGCCCAGUGACCCCUCCCAGUUUUGGAGCUGUUCCUCCAGUUUCUCUCAGGCCUGCCAGCACUUCUGCUGGCUCAGCAUGUCACCGACCAUCAGCCAUUCUGGACUCGCUGGCUCCAGCGUGCUCUGCGGGUGAAGCGUGCUCAGGAGCUGUGCCAGCCUGGGAAGCUGGAUGCAUCUGUGACCUUGACAGGGGUUGGUCUGAAGUGGUGCUAUGCCUGGGGAAGGAUCUGACCCACAGAGAGAAAUGUAGCAGCCUUGUAGCCCUAAAGAGAACUUUCUUAAUAAAAGCCAGUCAUCAUUUGA